AUGACAAUGGCGUCGUACAAGACGAAGAUGGCUUCCUCAGUUUUGCUGUUGGUGCUGCUAUUUGGGGUCUCGGUGGAGGCGUUUUCUCCCAUUGGUGGCCGCUCUCUUAGUACCCGCACUGCAUCCAAGAACCUGAUUCCAUGCUCUUCUACCAAGCGUGACGAUGAGUUCCCCACGGAUGACUCUGAUUUGUCGGUGGAUUGGGAUGCUGAGUGGAAGAAGGUUAUGGAAAAGGAAAAGGCCGGAGAGCCGAUUGAGAGACCAGGAAAAGAUUUCUAUAAGUCAGAGGCGGAAAUUACUGCCAUUCGUGCCGCGAACAAGGCAUCCACUGAAGUACAAAAGAUUUCCAGCAAAGUGCCAUCUCCCCCAAGUAUGAGUUCCUUGACUGGAGAUUGGAGGUUUUGGAUUGGAAUUCUGGCACUCAUCAGUAUCGGAUCCGCCGUUCUUUCGGCUCAAGGACCAAGUUAUACCCCAAUCGCUGGUGGCGACUCGUACUACAUAUAG